CCAGGAAUACCACCACCAUCAAAACACAUAUUUUUUGCACACACAAACUCAACCAAAAUGAACUACAACCAUGUAAUCAACCAUCUUCCAAUUCACAAAGCAGCAUUAUCCGAUGAUUGGGAAUCCGUAAGCCAAAUAUUCGACAAAGAUCCGGAACUAAUGACCACACCGAUCAGUUACUUAGGUGAGACACCGUUAAUGAUGGCUGUGGGAACAAAUAAGUCCCAUAACUUUGUCAAACAGUUGGUGGACCGUAUAGUUGCGGUUAACGCGGUUGAUAAGCUGUUUCUUGCGAGUUCUCGUGGAGAUAACCCGCUCCACCGUGCUGCUAUGGUCGGGAACACAGUUGAUGCAAGGGUUUUGGUGGAGAGGAGCCGGGAUAUGAUCCAGAUUCCAAAUUCGGAUGGUUAUACGCCGGUGAUAUUGGCUGCUUGGCAUCGAAACAAGGGUAUUCUUCGGUUUUUGUUGAAGGAGACCGCGGAUUUAGGACACGAGGAGGAAGGGAGUAGUUUGUACUCUGGAGUUGCUGGUGGGGAUCUCAUUACUCUUAGUAUUCAUGCUGGAUUCCUCGACAUAGCGUUACAAAUAAUAGCUAAGCACCCGGACAUCGUGAUAGAAGAAGGUGCGAAGUAUGUAACUGCUUUGGAAGUAUUAGGUUCUAAACCGGAGCUAUUUCCAAGUGGAAGCACGCUUGGAUUUUGGAGUCGUCUCAUCUAUUUGUUUAUACCCAUCAACAAAAGGAGUCAAGAAGGUGCUCAACCCAACCUUUUCUCAAAGUGUACCACUGGAUUUUGGAGUAUCCUUCACUACCUAGCUCCAUCAAUCAAGGGUAUUCAUGAUAUCAAAUUAACACAUUACCAAAGCAAGCGACUCACAAAAGAAAUAUGCGCAACCAUCUUAAGAAAGCGCGAUCACAACUUAACAUGGAAGAUUUUAGGAUCGGCAACAUCUGCAGCGGUUCAACAUGGGACUCCAGAGGUUAUCGAAGAGUGCAUUUCAACUUAUCCCGAUAUAAUUUGGUACACUGAAAAAGGGUUUCACUUGUCUCUUGAAGCCAUUACUCAACGCCAAGAACAAGUGUACAAUAUUUUAUUUCAAUCGGAUGUUCACAAGGCAGCCCAAGCCAAUUUGAUGGACAAAGAAGAGAAUGAGAAUUCAUUACACAAGGCUGCAAAGUUAGCCCCGCCCCAUCGAAUAAAUGUUAUGACGGGUGCAGCUUUGCAAAUGCAACGAGAGCUUCAAUGGUACAAGGAAGUAGAGAACUUCGUAGAGCCCUCAUUUAAAAAAGCUCAAAACAAAAACAAGAAAACACCAAAAAUGAUGUUCAUGGAGGAACACAAGGACUUAUUUGAUGAAGCACAACAAUGGAUGAAAGAUGUAUCAGCAUCAUCUACAGUGGUAGCAGCCCUCAUAAUCACAAUGGCAUUUGCAGGUGCCUUCACUCUCCCAGGUGGAAACCAAGACGACGGCAACCCUUUGUUUUUAAACAAAGGGACAUUCAUGCUUUUCAUCAUAUCAGACGCCAUUGCGUUAUUCUCUUCAACCGCUUCUGUGGUUAUGUUUCUAGGAAUACUUACCGCGCGUUUUGCACCAGACGAUUUCCUUUAUGCGCUUCCAAAACGGAUGACUAUAGGACUUGUGUUCUUGUUCAUGUCAUUAGCAGCGACUAUGAUAGCGUUCAGUGCGACUCUUGCACUUGUGUUGAAAGAUAAAGUGACAUGGAUUGCAGCUCCACUAGUUGUAGUGUCAUGUGUGCCUGUGGCUUUGUUUGGGUGGUUGCAAUUUCCGUUGCUGAUAGAGUUGGUGUACUCGACAUAUGGACCAAGCAUUUUUAGACAGAAGAAAAAUGAGUGAUUGUUUGGA